CGGGAGUGUGGGGGUGUCCCGGAGUUCCCAUGAGUUCAAGGAGAGGCGGGGGCCCGUCCAGGUUUCCGAGGCGCGGCCGGAGCUGACCCCGAGGCCCAAGAGCGAGGGGAGCUAGACGCCGCCCCCGCUGGCGCCGGGCAGCGUCGCUCCUUCCCCUGACCUUGGUCUCGCUUGUCACCUCGCCCUUGGCCGCAGUCACUGACGGGUGCAGAGCCCAGUGGAGGACAGACCCCCGGGCGGACGGAGACCUGGGACACAGGCACACAAACUGCCCCAGGCCCUCCCGCCGGCUCCAGGGCGCUUCGUCCUCGCCCACCUCAGCUGCGGGGCCAUCCAGCCCAGGGUUAAUGCCAACGAGUUUCCGCCUCCAGCCGCUCCUAGAGAGGCCGCGGCGCGAGCCACCGGGGGAACUGGCCGCGGACGGACACUUCCUGUGCGGGGGGAGGGGUCGCUGCCGCAGCCCGGCCUGGGGCUGGGGGCCAGACGGCGGGGUCUCGCGCGGGCAGCCGGGCCUGGGGGCAGCAGGGCUAGUCGUGAAGUGCCCCCCGCCUCCGAGGACACCGCGCGUGGGGGCCUGUGAGGGCCCAAAGCCAGCGGAGACCUUGUGGGUGGAGGCGGGGCUCCGGGGAGGGCAGGGGAGGGGCCCGGCCGGCCGGCCAGAGAGGCCCAGGGUCAAGACGUCCGGCCUUGGGGGCUGGGGCUGGGCCGCCGGAUCCCCUGGGCGUCGCUGAGGGGGCGGGCGGCGAGGGCCUGGGUCUCGGGGCACUCAGGCCGGGUCGUAGGAUCGCUCCGCCAUCGCCGCCGCCGCCGCCGCCGCGCUGGGAGCCAGCGGGGAUGGAACGGGAGGCGUCGCCGUGGGGCCUCGAACCCCGGGAUGUGCAAAGUCCUGACGAAGUGGGGCCCGAAGGGUUCCUCAAAGGCAACAUGCGUGAGAAUGAGGAAGAGGAAAUUUCUCAGCAAGAAAGCACUGGGGACUAUGAGGUCGAAGAGAUACCUUUUGGGCUUGAACCCCAGAGCCCUGGGUUUGAGUCACAAAGCCCAGAGUUUGAACCCCAGAGCCCCAGGUUUGAGCCUGAAAGUCCCGGUUUUGAGUCCCCAAGCCCUGGCUUUGUGCCCCCAAGCCCCGAAUUUGCACCCAGAACCCCUGAUUCAGAUUCUGAGAGCCCUGAGUUUGAACCACAAAGCCCUACUGGGUAUGAGCCCCAAAGCCCUGGGUGUGAACCUCGGAGCCCUGGGUAUGAGUCCCGGAGCCCCGAGUUCAAAACCCAAAGCUCGGAAUUUGAAGCUCAAACUUCCAAAUUCCAGGAAGGUGCAGAGAUGCUUCUCAAUCCCGAGGAGAAGGAUCCCUUGAGCGUCCCCCUGGGAGACCAUCCCUUGGACUCCUUCACACAGGGGUUUGGGGAGCAGCCCGCAGCAGGCCUUCCCCUGGGGCCACCUUUUGAGAUGCCCACAGGGGCCCUGCUGACUACACCCCAGUUUGAGAUGCUCCAGAAUCCUCUGGGCCUGACAGGAAGCCUGCGGGGUUCGGGCCGGCGGGGUGGCCGGGCCAGGGGUGGACAGGGCCCUCGGCCCAACAUCUGUGGCAUCUGUGGGAAGAGCUUCGGCCGGGGCUCCACCCUGAUCCAGCACCAGCGAAUCCACACGGGUGAAAAGCCCUAUAAAUGUGAGGUCUGCAGCAAGGCCUUCUCUCAGAGCUCCGACCUCAUCAAACACCAGCGCACCCACACGGGGGAGCGGCCCUACAAGUGUCCCCGCUGUGGCAAGGCCUUCGCCGACAGCUCUUACCUGCUUCGCCACCAGCGCACUCACUCUGGUCAGAAGCCCUACAAGUGCCCUCACUGCGGCAAGGCCUUCGGAGACAGCUCCUACCUCCUGCGGCACCAGCGCACGCACAGCCACGAGCGGCCCUACAGCUGCCCCGAGUGUGGCAAGUGCUACAGCCAGAACUCCUCCCUGCGCAGUCACCAGAGGGUGCACACCGGGCAAAGGCCCUUCAGCUGCGGCAUCUGCGGCAAGAGCUUCUCCCAGCGCUCGGCACUUAUCCCCCACGCCCGCAGCCACGCCCGAGAGAAGCCUUUCAAGUGCCCCGAGUGCGGCAAGCGCUUCGGCCAGAGCUCCGUGCUGGCCAUCCACGCCCGCACCCACCUGCCCGGCCGCACCUACAGCUGCCCCGAUUGCGGGAAGACCUUCAACCGCUCCUCCACGCUGAUUCAGCACCAGCGCUCUCACACCGGCGAGCGGCCCUACCGGUGUGCGGUGUGCGGCAAGGGCUUCUGCCGCUCCUCCACGCUGCUGCAGCACCACCGCGUCCACAGCGGGGAGCGGCCCUACAAGUGCGAUGACUGUGGAAAGGCCUUCUCACAGAGCUCCGACCUCAUCCGCCACCAGCGGACCCACGCCGCUGGCCGUCGCUGACCGGGGGCCCUGUGGGGUGGGGAUGUGGUGGGCAGAAGAGGAGGGGACGGAGUUAGAGAAACCUUUAGAAUAGUGGGGAAGCUGGAGGAGUUGAGGAUUCUAGGAGGAGAGGGGGCUAGGGAGGAGGAAGUUAUAUGCCCUGGAGAUUUAUGGGAAAUGGGUAAUGAGGGGUUGGAGGUAGGCCAAACAGGCAGCAGGAGGCUCUGGAAGAAUCCAGAAAGAGGUCAACAGAGAGCUGGCCUCAGCAGCAGCAUGCCCCUUCGUGUCCGCCUGCUUGGCAGAGUGCUAGACGGGGGAGGGAGAGGGGGGGAGGGUUACUUAGUUAGAGCGGGGUAGCUUAGUUCCUUAGCUACUGAGACCCUUGUUGAGUCAGGAAGGGAUGAGGGGAGGUGGGGUGGGGAGUGAAGCCCAGAGUGGGGCCUGGGCCUCUGAGUGCAAACCCCAGUCUCCCUUGUCUUCCUCAGGCUUUGGAGCCCCUGGAUUUGAGUUAAAUAAAAACCUCUAUGUGGUUAAA